AUGCCUCAGAAAGAAGAUGCCACCAAUGAUGAUGGAGGCUCUGUCAAGAUCGGCACAACCGGCACAAUUGGCUCCUUGAUGACUCGAGAAAUAGAAUCCAUGAAACAAGCAUCUUCAUCUGCUCAAAGAAAACAACAAACUGGUCCAGUCUCCGUACCCUGUGGUGCUAAUCCUAGGAAAGCAUUGCAAAGGAGAAACCAAACUAAUGAGUAUGGCAGCACCGGCAGUAGCAGUAGUGGAACUGGACAUACACAUUGUUCAAACCAUGAAGAUGCUCAAAAAUCCCAACAUACCCCACGAAAAAAGGGACACCGCCAUGCUCCAAUUCUAAGAUCAGAUGACAGCCCUACAAACCGAAAUUUGGACACUGACAAGGUGGAAAAAAAAGUUCACACUUACAUGGUGAAAGUAGUAGAUCUAAAGUGCGGCAAUCCCAUGAGCAGCCGGCUCAAGAAGCUCAGCUUCUCCAAGCUCUCCGAAUCCAUCUCCUAGCCUUCGGGCAGUUUCUUCCUAUCGGUCCUCAGGUUCCUCCUGUAGCCGCUUCCUGCAGUUCUCUCAAUUCGGCUUGUAUCAGCAACAUCCAUGGCAGAACAGAUACUGGGAAGAAAUCCUCCGGUGGCUGCCACCUUCUUUUUCUUCUUUCCAACUGCUCUACUUGGGCCUGGCUUUUGCUUAGAUCCUCCACUGGUGGAGGCUACGUCUAUGCUCACUUUAUGCUGUUUCUGGUUGGAGACUUGAUGGCAGUCCAGAUCUAGCCGCUGGAGAUAUUCCAUCUCUCGUGAGACCAGCCAUCCUAUUGUUCCUUGAGCACCCACCUCCACCGGAGCUCGCUCAUCAGCCAUUGUUGCUUCAAGGCAAAAUGGGAGGAUGAUGGUAAAGUAGCUUUGAAUGCUGUCCUGGCUUGUUGAAAGUAGUCUUUUGUUGUGCUUUGUGGUUGGAGGGGCGGUUGGUGGUUGCCUUUGACAUAAAUGCAUGUUUAGCAAACACAAGACGAAAUUGGAGGAUGAUGAUGGUGUCCUCUACUGCAAUGCACGAUUCGGCUAAUCUUUGCCUGCUUAAUUGAUCUUUCUACUGUUAUUAGAUGCUGA